UACGUUAGAGCACCUUUACGUGAACGUGUGGGGGCCCGACGAUGACCCCUUCCUCCGGUCCACGCGUCCCCACCACUGUCACCCACCGACACGUCUCCUCCUUCCCCCGUCGAUAAAUGUAGCCCUGACAGGCAGCCAUUCCCGAUCCCUCGGUUUCUUCUUCGUCGCCUCUUCUCCUCCGUCUGUAGGGAACGGAAAGAGCGGAGGAACGAGGAGGAGGAGGAGGGCCGAGAUUUCAAAGUACCCUCAUUUCUCUGUCUCCUUGUCUGCGUUUGAAUUCGUCGCCGUUAUGGGAACCGAGGUGUUGCGGCCCCAUGACUGCCUCCUCCGCCCUUCCCUCGCUCUGCGGAACUCCAAGCCCAUCCGCAGGAGGAGGGACUCCUCCCUAAAAAGAUCGGCAAAGCCCCGCCAUCCCGCGCCAGGCGGAGGCCACCUGGUCGUGGGACAGGUCGCGAUCCUCCGGCGAGGCGAGUCGCUGGAGGCCGAGAAGGCGACGAAGGGCGAGCCGGUAGCGGGGAGCGGCGGUUGGGGGCCGGCGGUGUUCGUCACGGGGCGGCUGGGGCCGGACCCGGGAAUGAUUCCCAGGGAGGUCCCGCUGCUGGUCCCAGCAGCGGAGGCGGCGGCGGGGCUUCCGGACGAAGUGUACGCGGGAUCGGGGUUCGUCCUCUCGCCGUCGCCGCGGGCGCUCCCGCUGCCGACCUUCUCGAGGAAGAAAGAGGGAUCCGUGGCGGCCGCUGUGGUGGAUUGCUCCGCCACCAGGGAUCUGAGGCGGUUGCUUCGGCUAGAUUGAGAUGUUCUUGACGGAUCAUGAAUCGAAAGAAGAAACGACGAAACAUUCGCUCUCUUCACGGGAUCACAUAUUUUAAUUUUUCGUGGGAUUUUUGAUAGGACGGAUGAAAUUAUAAGAAAAAGCUGGAUCUGAAGUCUGUAUGUGAGGGAAUGAAGAGAGAAAGGCGAAAAAGAAAAAAGGGACAAAUAGGUGGAAAUAUGCACGAAUUGUAGAGUGUAAAAGAAGUUGUAUGUAUAUUGAUCUUAAGUCUCACUCUGGAAUUGGUGGCUUCAAAGGUAAUCAUCGUCACAUUACAUUUUUUUUUAUAUUAAUAAUAAUAUUUUGUUCUCCUCCCCCUUUGCCUCCCCCUUCACCUCAUCUCAUUUGUCCUCCACUUCUUUUCCCUUUCGUCGUCUUCUCUUCCUCAUUCUUCCUAUCUACCUUCUCCUUCUCCUCUUUUUUCUCAUCUCCCAUUACCUCUUCCUCAUCCUUCGCCUCUGCCUCCUCCUUAAGCCUUCUUCUUCUUCUUCUUCUCCCCCUUCACCUCAUCUCAUUCGUUCUUCUUUUCCUUUACCUCUUUCCCUUUCAUCGUCUCCUCCUCGUCCUCCCUAUCUACCUCCUUCUCUGACCUCCUCCUCCUCCUUCUCGUCUCUUAUUACCUCCUCAUCGUUUGCCUCUACCUCCUCCCUUCCAUUGUCUUUUCUUCUAACUUAUCUUAUUCCUUUGUCUUCUUCUACUCCACUAUCUCCUUCUCACCCUCCACCUCUCCUUCUGUUGUCUCCUCCUCUGUUGCAUCGCCGAAGCAUUUGUGGGUGUUAUUGCUAUCACCAAAUUGUUGGAGGAAGAUAUCACCGUUGCAUCACUAAUACCUUAGCAACAUUGUUGAAGUCUUGGCUGCAUUCAGUGAGUUGGAGGUGUUCCUUAGGUAUUUUAAGCAACUUGAUGUAUUGUUACUGUAUUCAUUAGAAGUUGAAGCAUUAGUCUUA